AGACUAUCGGGGCGGAGUUAAUGCUCGCCUGGUGAGGCUUGCGACCCAGCUGGGCUGUGGAAACCGGAAGUAGCUUGUCACCCUCACUCGCAGCAAUUCCGAUGACUGUCCACAAUCUGUAUCUAUUUGACCGGAAUGGAGUGUGUCUCCACUACAGCGAGUGGCACCGCAAGAAGCAAGCGGGGAUCCCUAAGGAAGAGGAGUACAAGCUGAUGUAUGGGAUGCUCUUCUCCAUUCGUUCGUUUGUCAGCAAGAUGUCCCCGCUAGACAUGAAGGAUGGCUUUCUGUCUUUCCAAACUAGCCGGUACAAACUCCAUUACUACGAGACGCCCACUGGAAUCAAGGUUGUCAUGAACACUGACUUGGGCGUGGGCCCUAUCCGCGAUGUGCUGCACCACAUCUACAGUGCGCUGUACGUGGAGUUGGUCGUGAAGAAUCCUCUGUGUCCGUUGGGACAGACAGUGCAAAGUGAGCUCUUUCGCUCCCGGCUAGACUCCUAUGUCCGAUCUUUGCCCUUCUUCUCUGCCCGAGCUGGCUGACACAUCUACCUCACCCCUCAGAAGAACCUGUGACUGUCUGGACCCUUGUGACUUGUGGCACUGUGAGCCCUUCCACCUCCCUGUCUCCCCCUAAGCUUCAACCUGAAGGCCCACUGCCCACUGUCUUCAAGUCAUGAGUGAAGCCCGAAGGGGUCCUUGACAGUUUUAUCCCCUGCUUGACUCCUCGAGAAACAGAAUAAACUUUCUGUCACC